AUGGUAGCUAUGUUAUUGGACUCACUGACUUCCAAGAUUUCGGGGACAGUCCUGAUCGAUAAUUAUACAAGUCACGGUCUUAUGGUGUUUGAUGGUGAUACCUUAUGGUUUGUCGCUGAUUUAUAUUCAGGAACUGAUGGAAAAACUUAUUGUAAUCGACAAAUUAAACUCUGCAUUGAUCCACCUUUGCCGUUAGAUGAAAAAUUCAGAGCAAUUUUGGUGAAUAGGAAUGGCAGUCGUGCAGCACUAUCGAGUGCACAUUCGGUGUUUGUAAUCGAAAUACCCUGUGAUUGUUGGUGUCGACAGUCUGUAACACAAAAUCCUUUAAUGGAUCACUUGCAAUCUACCUAUCAUUGCAAGAGCCGAUUUAUUGGCUCUCAGACUUGGUCAGCAAAUAUUGCAGUUGAUAUUCUUAAAAUUCGAUGGUGUUGGAAAGAGCGUCAUAAAUCUGGAUAUCAUACUUACAAUAGAUUGGCUGUUCUUUACAGUGGAAAUAUUGUUAGAAUUUAUGAUACUGACAUCACCUGUACUACACCUACAGUUGUUAUCGAUUUUAAAUCGAUUCUUGGGCUUUGCGAAUCAAGUUGCGACCGUUCCUUUGGCGUGCAUAAUUACAUAGCCUCAUUUGAUUUUGGACCAUCAAUUAUUCGUGCAGAUAAUGAAAAUGGUGCAGAAAUUAAUCUUAAAACAUUGUUUGCUAUUGAUAACGAUUGUGGUGAUAUUUACAUUGUCGUUUAUACGGACAGUAGAAUUAUUGAGAUACAGGGACCUCUUGCACUAACAGGAACCGUACCAGAUGCUUCCAGUGGUGCCUUCGAUGUGCUUUAUAUACAGUAUCAUGAAAAAACAUCAUUACCAGUUUUCUCGUUAAUAUCUUCUAAUGGAUGUAUCACUCAUUUCCUUGCUUUAACACUAGACAAGGAAGAUUUCGACGGACAUGUGGAGUUUAUUCUUGUUUCUUAUGAUAAUAUUUUGCUGCCUUGCAAACCGCUUGCUGAUAUUUCAUACUGCUUACAGAAUGAUCCGGUGCAAUCUGGCCAAUAUUUUGUUAUUUGUGGAGCGAAUCUUUUUUCCAUCGAUAUUAAUCCAUGGAUUCAUUUAUUAUCAAAUUUGUUACUAGCAAAUGCAAAUUACGGGAAAAAUGCAAACGAUUUGCCUGAUUCGAAAAUCCAUCAUAUAUUUGUUGUUUUGGGAAAUAUCGAAGCAAAAGGGAUGACAGACGCUAUAAUAUUUGCUACUUCUUGUGUUACCAAUAACAAAUCUCCAAUUUCUGAUGAUAUUUACAAAGCUUUCAAUGAGAAAGAUAUAGUUUAUAUAGCGGUUACAUCCUCAGAACAACUGCUUCAUAAAUUUACAAGGCGAGAUGUUUGGAGUGAUAAACGUGCAGUAGUUAGACGACAUAAUAUGCCUGUUGAGGAGGGAACUCAGGACUAUCUUCUUGAAGAAUGUGUGAAAACCCUCCAAUCUCAAACUGUAAUACCAAGUUUUAGGCUAAAUAAAUCAGUAACGGAAGCUGAAGCUAUAGCAGUAGCGAAUGGCGUUGUGCAAGCGUUGGUAGAAAACAUGAAGAUCACACAAAUUGCUUUUAAAAAAGUUCAGGAUAUAAUUACCGAAGAUGUCAAGAGUUUGGAAGCCAUAAAUAAUAAUAAAUCAGCGUGUGCGGAACGUCUAUUACGGAUACUGUCUGCAUAUGUUGAUCUGAGAAAUCGUAUUUAUAAAAUUCAGAGGACAGUUGCACAACUGAAAAAACGAAGUGAUGAACUGGGCUCAGAUCUUGUGCCAAAGAUGUUCCCAUUGACAGAUACAGAAAAAGUUCUGAAGGAUAAAUUGGAAACGUUGCAUGUCGAAGUCGAUGGCAUUGCGCGACAGUUACCAUAUCUUGCAAAUGAAGUGGCCACUAAACGCCGUGAUCGUUUUGGUCCCGUCCGUUCAUUUUGUGCAUCGAUGAGUGCACAGAAAUUUAUGCUAUCCAAAAACACAGAAGAUAUCAAUGAAAUGGUUAGUUGGACCAAUCAGCUCAUCAAAAGAAUUGAUUCCAUACAAGCUAACAUAGUUGCGCAAGAAGCACUGUCUAGCUCGCCGAAACCAAGACCUCAGUGUGAAUGA